AUGGCGGAGAAGAAGCCUAACAUUUUGUACAUCAUGGCCGACCAGAUGGCGGCGCCCUUGUUGUCUCUGCACGACAAGAACUCCCCCAUCAAGACCCCCAAUCUCGACCGGUUAGCGAGUGAGGGUGUCGUCUUCGACUCGGCCUAUUGCAAUGCUCCUCUGUGUGCCCCUUCGCGCUUCGUGAUGGUUAGCGGCCAGCUGCCGUCGAAGAUUGGGGCUUACGACAACGCGUCGGACUUGCCCGCCGACGUCCCCACCUAUGCCCACUAUCUGCGUCGCGAGGGUUACCACACGGCCCUCGCCGGUAAGAUGCACUUCUGCGGGCCGGACCAGCUGCACGGCUAUGAGCAGCGUCUCACCAGUGACAUCUACCCCGGUGACUACGGCUGGUCCGUCAACUGGGACGAGCCCGAGGUUCGCCUUGACUUUUACCAUAAUAUGUCGUCGGUGAUGGACGCCGGCCCCGUCGUCCGCACCAACCAGCUCGACUUUGACGAGGAGGUCAUCUACAAGUCCGAGCGGUACCUGUACGACCACGUCCGUUCUCGCACCGAUCAACCUUUCUGUCUGACGGUAUCCAUGACCCACCCUCACGACCCCUACGCCAUGACCAAGGAGUACUGGGACAUGUACGAGGAUGUUGACAUCCCUAUGCCCAAGAACGGGCCCAUCCCCCACGAGCAGCAGGAUGCCCACUCUCAGCGCGUGCUGCAGUGCAUCGACCUCUGGGGCAAGGAGGUGCCCGAGGAGAACAUCAAGAACGCUCGCCGUGCGUACUACGCCGCUUGCACGUACGUCGACACCAAUAUCGGCAAGCUGCUCAAGGUGCUGAAGAACACCGGUCUGGAUGAGGAUACUAUCAUCGUCUUCAGCGGUGAUCACGGUGACAUGCUCGGUGAGCGUGGCCUGUGGUACAAGAUGACCUGGUUCGAGAACUCGGCUCGUGUGCCCUUGCUCGUUCACGCUCCCAAGCGUUUUUCCCCCAAGCGUGUCUCUGAGAACGUGUCUACCAUGGACCUGCUGCCCACUUUCGCGGAGAUGGUCGGUGCUCCGCUGGUCAAGGAGCUGCCUCUCGACGGUGUUUCCCUCAUGCCCUACCUGACCGGUGGCGAGGGUCUCCGCACCGAUACCGUGUACGGCGAGUAUAUGGGUGAGGGCACUCAGGCACCUUUGGUCAUGAUCCGCCGCGGCCGCUGGAAGUUCGUGUACUCGACCAUCGACCCGCCCAUGCUGUUCGAUCUGGUCGCCGAUCCCGAGGAGAAAGUCAACCUGGUUGCCGGUCUUCCCGUCCCGCCUGCCACCCGUGGGGUCCCCGCCAAGUCGCCAUUCAACGCUUUGACUUUGUCGACCAACCUGCCCACCCCGAUCGAGACUCCUCGCGCGUCUCCCAUCCCGCAGCGCGCCCACGAGAAUAACUCGUACCCCUUCCCCACGCCCACCCCUCCCCGCAGUCCCAGCCCCAGCAGCCGCGUGCCACCGGCUCUGCCCGAGACCGAGGACCCGGUCAAGCUGCUUGCCUGGUUCGUCGAGGAAACCCACAGACGCUGGGAUCUGGAGAAGAUCCGCCAGGACGUGCUGCACUCGCAGCGCCGCCGCCGCCUGGUGUACUCGGCUCUGAUCCAGGGCACUCCCCACUCCUGGGACUGGGAGCCGCGCGUGGACGCCAGCACCCAGUACAUUCGCAACCAAGGCAAGGGCAUUCUCGACGACGUCGAGCUCAUCUCCCGCUGGCCCCGCGUGCUGCAGCAAGCCGCCCAGGCCAACGGCAUCCACGUCUAG